AUGAGGGUUAAGGAAAGCUGUCUCUGGAACAUAAAAGCACAAGAAGAAGAAGCAAGUGCUAAUGUAGAAGCUGCAGCAACUUAUCCAGAAGAUCCAGUUAGAAUAACUAAUAAAGAUGGCUACACCAAACAGCAGUUUUCCACUGUGUCAGUGUCCUUUGAGGAUGUGACUGUGGACUUCAGCAGGGAGGAGUGGCAGCAUCUGGACUCUGCUCAGAGGCGCCUGUACCAAGAUGUGAUGUUGGAAAACUACAGCCACCUCCUCUCACUGGGGUAUGAAGUUCCCAAACCAGAGGUCAUAUUCAAGUUGGAGCAAGGAGAGGAGCCUUGGGCAUUGAAGGAAAAAGCCCUACAUCACAGCUGCUCAGAUGGAAAGUUUGGGAUUAAAACCUUACAAAAAAGAAUUUCUGGAAAAGUUUCAUUUCAUGGUGAAAUGGAAGGUGAAGAUGCAAAAGAUGAUUCAUUGUAUUCCAUUUUAGAAGUACUGUGGCAAGAUGCUGAACAGAUAAAAAGCUACCAGGAAAAGCAGAACAAACCUCUGAGUCAUGCUGCUUUCAUCAAUAAGAAAAUAUUGAAUACAGAGUGGGAUUAUGAAUAUAAAAACAGGGGAAAAUUUAUUCAUCCAGGCCCAAAUUGUAUUCCUUCACAGAAAAGACCCCAUAAACGUAACUCAUUUGGAAAGAAUUUAAAGCAUAAUUUAGGUGUACAUAUUCAUAGUGAAAGCAGUCCAACAAAUAACUUUGAUAAAAUUACUGGACACAGUCAAGUUUUCACCCAGAGCUCUUCUUAUACUAACCAUGAAAAUACACAUACUGGAGUAAAAUUCUGUGAUAGCAAUCAGUGUGGAAAAGUCUUCAGCUUCAAACAAGCAGUCAGUCAGAAUCUGAAAUUUCCUGUUGGGGAGAAAGCAAAUAUGUGUACUGAACUUGGGAAGAUCUUCACCCAGAGGUCACAACUCUUUGCACCUCAGAGAAUUCAUACUAUGGAUAAACCUCAUGAACUUAGGAAAUGUGUAAAUGUUUUUGCACAGAAGCCACUACUCAGUAUUUAUUUGAGAGUUCAUAGAGAUGAAAAGCUAUAUAUAUGUUCUGAGUGUGGAAAGGCAUUCAUCCAGAAUUCAGAAUUAAUUAUGCAUGAGAAAAUUCAUACCAGAGAAAAACCCUAUAAAUGUCAUGAAUGUGGAAAAUCAUUUUUCCAGGUGUCAUCUCUCCUAAGGCAUCAGACAACCCAUACUGGAGAAAAACUUUAUGAAUGCAGUGAAUGUGGGAAAGGCUUCUCCCUGAACUCAGCCCUCAAUGUACAUCAGAAAAUUCAUACUGGAGAGAGACACCAUAAGUGCAGUGAGUGUGGGAAGGCCUUUACCCAAAAAUCAACACUCAGAAUGCAUCAGAGAAUUCAUUCAGGAGAGAGAUCCUAUAUAUGUACUGAAUGUGGGCAGGCCUUCAUCCAAAAGGCACACUUGAUUGCACAUCAAAGAAUUCACACUGGAGAGAAGCCUUAUGAAUGCAGUGACUGUCAGAAAUCUUUCCCCUCUAAGUCACAACUCCAGAUGCAUAAGCGAAUUCACACAGGAGAGAAACCCUACAUAUGCACUGACUGUGGUAAGGCCUUUACCAACAGAUCAAAUCUGAAUACUCACCAGAAAUCUCACACUGGAGAGAAGUCUUAUAUAUGUGCUGAAUGUGGGAAAGCCUUCACAGAUAGGUCAAAUUUCAAUAAACACCAGACUAUUCAUACUGGAGAGAAGCCCUAUGUUUGUGCUGAUUGUGGGAGGGCCUUCAUCCAGAAGUCAGAGUUACUUACACAUCAGAGAAUCCAUACUACAGAGAAGCCUUAUAAAUGUUCUGACUGUGAGAAAUCCUUUUCAAAGAAACCACACCUCAAAGUACAUCAGCGAAUUCACACAGGAGAGAAACCAUAUAUAUGUGCAGAAUGUGGGAAAGCUUUCACAGACAGGUCAAAUUUCAAUAAACACCAGACAAUUCAUACUGGAGAUAAACCCUAUAAAUGUAGUGACUGUGGAAAAGGCUUCACUCAGAAAUCAGUUCUGAGUAUGCAUCGGAAUAUUCAUACAUGA